GGCAGUUUGCAUUUUAUCCAAAAACGUCCUUCUGAGCCGCCGUAGCAGCGAUAAACACUGACAAGCAGCUGUUUCUUCAUGUUACUGCUCACGUGGACGACUUUACAGCGAGACUUGCAGGCGUGUGUUGUAGAAGUGACCCGUUUUCAUCAAUAAUAACACAAUGGAGCCUGUUAUGAAAAUAAAUCCAGGGGCGUCUAAAUGGGACAUCCGUCAGAAAGUGUGGGACUACAUAGAAGAAAAGAAUUUGGCCAACUUUCCGAGGCCUGUUCACAACAGAAUCCCGCAUUUCAAGGGUGCAAUUCCAGCAUGCAACAGGCUUGCAGAGCUGCAGGAGUUCAAGUCCAGCCAGAUAGUCAAAGUUAACCCAGACAAACCCCAGCAGCAGGCACGCUUUGUCACUUUGGAAGCAAGGAAAACUUUAUUGGUCCCAACUCCUCGUCUUCGCACCGGUCUCUUCAAUAAGAUCACUCCACCCCAGGGAGCCAGCAAAGAACAGCUGCGAAUAUGCUCCUCUUCUCAGGGUGUGAAAGACUUCAGUGUGCCUGUCGACCUGGAUGCAAAGGUGAAGGUAGAUUUGAUGGUGGUUGGCUCUGUGGCGGUCUCUGAGAAAGGUUGUCGGAUUGGAAAAGGGGAAGGAUUUGCUGACAUGGAGUACGGCAUGAUGGUUUCGAUGGGAGCUGUGAAUGAAUCUACUGUGGUUGUUACUGUUGUCCAUGACUGCCAGGUGGUAGACAUUCCAGAGGAGCUUAUGGGAAGUCAUGACCUGACUGUUGACUACAUCCUUACACCUACCAGAGUUAUUAAAACUAAUUGCCAGUUACCCAAACCGCAGGGAAUCAUCUGGACUAAGCUGGACACCGAAAAGCUGGAGAGGAUCCCCAUCCUGAAGAAGCUGCGUGCUCUGGAAGAGCAGGCUGGAAAGGAUGUGACACUAGGGGCAGCAUCGCUUGCAGCAGAGUCUGGCCUGCAGUCUGAUCAACAAAAAAGGCAACCCAGACGGAGACCAAGGCGGAACACACAGCAGGAUGCUGAGGGUGAAUUUAGCCAAGAAUCCAGACAAGAGAAAAAAGUAGAGGCAGAACAGAAAGCCAGACAGCGACCAGCCAGAAUGAGGAAAGACAGUCGAGGAGAUGGAAAGGGAGAUAAAGAGGGAGAAACUGGUAAAACUGUAAAGGGAAAAUACAGAGAGACCGUGAAAGAGCAGGGCCCAGAAGAGGGUGGAGAUGAAGUAGUGACUCGGCGUAAGCUUCCUCUGAGUGUGACCACAGUUUACCUGGGAGGAAUCCCUGCUGGGCUGCGAGUUAGUGAGCUGAAAACUGCCCUCAGAGAGAGGAAGGCUGCACCACUGAGGCUCACCUGGCAGGGAGCUCAACACCGAGCCUUCCUGGACUACAGUGACCCUCAGGCUGCGGAUACGGCCCUGGAGGCACUUCAGGAUCUCUGUCUGAAUGGUCACAGUCUGCAGGCAGAGUUGGCCAAGAGCCAGCGUGGAGGCAAGAGGUCAGGACAGUCCAACAGGAGACAAAAACCAGCCGCUGCUCCGAAGUCUAAAACGGCACCACCAGAAACAAAGAGUGACACCACAAAGAAAACUGAGCAGUAAAAGCAACAGGCAGCACACAGGGGGAAAACUAAAAAAAAAAAAAGUCAAUUUGAUGCAACCCUAAAUGCCUUUUAGAAGAGUUUUUUUUUCUUUUAGAAGUCAACAUGAAUCUAGUGAGCUAAAUAGAUAUAUGUGAGAAAGUUUGAUUUAAAUGCAACAUAAAGCAUUGCCAGAAAGACUUUUUUUUUUUUUUU